UAAUUCACACUUAAGGCAACUUUCAUCCAGUAUCCUUUCCCGUGCAGACAUACAUCAUUUUAAGUGUUAUUCCAUUGAUGGAUGCAAUUAAUCGACUUCUGACCGAGUUCCUAUUCACCUCCCCCUUUCCGGCACUCUCCUCCCUCUUCUCUUUACUUUAUACUUCUUCUGUCGGAGCUCACUCCAUCGUUGACAUUCGCGUUGACUGGCCAGAGUCCGCGAUCUGAACACCCUCUCAUCCUUUUGAUCUCCAACCAUUUCCCUAGCAUUGAGUUCGGUCGAGCCCUCAGGAAGGAUCUACAGCAAUCUGUUUCUGGUAUCACUUCCUGAUCUCCUUCAUACAUCUGAUUCGCCAUGGCAUACCACAGCUUCCUGCUGGAACCUAUUAGCUGCCAUGCCUGGAACAAGGACCGCACUCAAAUCGCGCUGUGUCCCAACAACCACGAUGUUUACAUUUACAAGAAGGACGGCACCAAAUGGAACAAGAUUCAUGAGCUGAAGGAACACAACGGCCAAGUGACCGGCAUUGACUGGGCUCCGGACAGCGACCGCAUUGUGACGUGCGGGGCGGACCGUAAUGCCUACGUGUGGACCCAGAAGGAGGGCGUGUGGAAGCCCACCCUGGUCAUCCUCAGGAUCAACCGGGCGGCCCGCUGCGUGAAGUGGUCCCCGCGGGAGAACAAGUUUGCGGUGGGCAGCGGCUCGCGCCUCAUCUCAGUCUGCUACUUUGAGCAGGAGAACGACUGGUGGGUCUGCAAGCACAUCAAGAAGCCCAUCCGCUCCACCAUCCUCAGCCUGGACUGGCAUCCCAACAACGUCCUGCUGGCUGCAGGCUCCUGUGACUUCAAAUGCAGGGUGUUCUCUGCCUACAUUAAGGAGGUGGAGGAGAAGCCAGGCCCCACAUCCUGGGGAAGCAAGAUGCCGUUCGGAGAGAUGCUGUUUGAGUCCAGCGAGGGCUCGGAGGCGGGGCCCUCUGAGGGGGCGGGGGCAGCCGGGGGUGGGGGCUGGGUGCACGGCGUGUGUUUCUCCCACUCUGGCAACCGCCUCACCUGGACCUCCCACGACUCCAGCGUGGCCGUGGCCGAGGGGGGCAAGACCUGCACGAUCAGCAGUCUGAGAUCAGACAACCUUCCUCUGCUGUGCGUGACCUUCAUCACCGAAAACAGUAUUGUGGCUGCUGGCCACGACUGCUACCCGGUUCUGUUUGUGUAUGACGGGGCCAAGGGCAGCCUGACGUACGGAGGUAAGCUGGACGUCCCCAAGCAGGCCGCCGCAAAGGGCAUCAGUGCCCGGGAACGCUUCCAGAACCUGGACCGCCGCGCCUCCACCACACAGACCUCCGAGCAGACCAUAGACACCCUGCACAAGAACAGCAUCAGCCAACUCUCUGUGCUGGAAGGAGGGCGCAGUAAGUGUAGCAAGUUCUGCACCACCGGCAUGGAUGGUGGGAUGGCCAUAUGGGACGUCAAGACAUUGGAAUCUGCCAUGAAGGACUUGAAAAUUGCUUGAGGCUUACUUUGUCUACAUGGCACAGCUCUUGUGUAACACAGGAAAAUGAAGACUGCCACCCUUACAUUCCUUAUCUUCUCCAAUACCACAUGUAUCCCCCCCACCCCUCAAGAAUCAUAUAAAGCAAAGCCAGCUUCUUAUAGCAUUAUAUUUUCGCUUUACUGUUCAACGAUCAGGCCUGUGUCGAAAAACAAAGUGCGCACAGAAAGUAUGCAAUGAAUGAUUCAAGCUUUCGUGCUGCAAAUGGUAUUUACCUAUCAUGCUCAUGAUAUAACAUAAGGAUUUUCAAUGCUCUAAAAGCCAAAUGCAAGUGUUUACCAAUUGUGCUGAAAUGCUGUAUCGCUUAUAAAUGCUUAUGCUGGUCAUAAUAUGCAUUUAAUAAACCAUUUCUACUAUGGAACUCAAA